UUUCGUAUUUUCGGUUUUUCUUCGCUCUUUCUUCUCUUUCUCAAAACCCUUUUUCUUUCUUCAGAAAACACUGAGAGAGAGAAGCGGUGUUCGUUCAAGAAGAAAUGGCGAUGAGAGGAAAUCGAUCGUAGCUCGGAUGAAAGCAGCGCUUGCAGAAGAGGUGGAGUUCUACGAUCGAAGGUUUGAGGAUUUUUGCUUCCUUUGUCGCUUUGAUUUUAGGUGUUUCAGGGAGUUGAGCUGAGGGCUUCAAAGGAUAUUUUCAUUGGAUCUCUUUAUGUCCGCAUGUUCAAAUUCGGGAUACCGUGCUCAGCAAGCAUACAUUUUCGCAAGGUUCCAUUGCCUUCUUACAAAAGGCGAUUCUUCAGACCUGCACCUUUACGGCUAUUUCGAGUUUUGAACAAGAUCGUAGAGUACAUAAAACCUUGUCUAAGGUUUUCAGUUAUGGCUGGUGAUGUUCCCAUGGCCUUGUCAAAUGGCAAUGCAAAUACACAACAUGAUCCCCAAAGGACCUUUCAAGUCGUUGUUGCUGCAACUCGAGACAUGGGCAUUGGAAAGGAUGGGAAAUUGCCUUGGAAGUUGCCAUCGGACAUGAAAUUUUUCAAGGAGGUCACCAUGGCCACAGCUGAUCCCGUGAAGAAAAAUGCAGUGGUAAUGGGUAGAAAAACAUGGGAAAGUAUUCCACUUGAGCACAGACCUUUACCUGGCCGUCUGAAUGUAGUGCUGACACGUUCUGGGAGUUUCGAUAUUGCAACAGCAGAGAACGUUGUCAUGUGCGGAAGCAUGAGUUCAGCUUUGGAGUUGUUAGCAGCAUCUCCUUAUUGUCUGUCCAUAGAGAAAGUGUUUGUCAUAGGAGGUGGCCAGGUAUUAAGGGAGUCUCUAAAUGCGCCUGGAUGCGAUGCCAUUCACAUUACCGAAAUAGAGACAAGCAUUGAAUGUGAUACAUUCAUCCCUUCCAUUGAUUUGUCAGUCUUUCAGCCAUGGUGUUCAUCCUUCCCGCUGGUAGAAAACGGCAUUCGAUAUUCUUUUGUGACCUAUGUUCGUGUCAGAAGUUCUGUGACUGAACCUCUUCCGAUGCACAAUGGGGUCUUAACUGAUAGUAAUUCAGACACUGUUAAGUUCGAAGUUGAGAAGUUCUCUUUUCUUCCUAAGAAGAUUUUUGAAAGACAUGAGGAGUACCUCUAUCUGAGACUGGUUCAAGAUAUCAUCUCUAGCGGUGCUCAAAAAGAUGACAGGACAGGGACUGGCACAUUAUCUAAAUUUGGUUGUCAGAUGCGGUUUAAUCUGCGCAAAUCUUUUCCACUUCUUACAACUAAGAAAGUAUUUUGGCGAGGUGUUGUUGAAGAACUUCUUUGGUUCAUUAGCGGCUCGACAAAUGCGAAGGUUCUUCAGGAAAAAGGCAUACGUAUAUGGGACGGCAAUGCAUCCAGAGACUUCCUUGACAGCAUUGGUUUGGCAGACAGGGAAGAGGGUGAUUUGGGACCCAUAUAUGGGUUCCAGUGGAGACACUUUGGUGCCAAGUAUAUUGAUAUGCAUGCUGAUUACACCGGGAAAGGAUUUGAUCAGUUGCUCGAUGUGAUUCACAAAAUAAAAAAUAGCCCAGAUGACCGCCGCAUUGUUCUCUCAGCUUGGAAUCCUUCAGACCUCAAACUGAUGGCGCUUCCACCUUGUCACAUGUUUGCUCAGUUCUAUGUAGCCAAUGGGGAGCUGUCCUGUCAAAUGUACCAGCGGUCUGCAGACAUGGGUUUGGGGGUGCCAUUCAACAUUGCAUCAUAUGCCCUUUUAACAAGCAUCAUUGCUCACGUUUGCGAUCUUAUUCCCGGUGAUUUCAUCCAUGUCCUUGGGGAUGCUCAUGUCUAUAGAAAUCAUGUCAGGCCUCUGCAGGAGCAGCUUCAGAAACUCCCUAAACCUUUCCCAAUUCUGAAGAUAAAUACUCAGAAGAAGGAUAUAGAUUCGUUUGUGGCGUCCGAUUUUAAGCUCAUUGGUUAUGAUCCUCACCAGAAAAUAGAAAUGAAGAUGGCAGUAUAGAGACAAGAAAGGGCAAAAAAUUCAGAGAUCCACUUCUCCUUUCACCUCCGAUCCCUAGAUUUUGAGGUACGGCUACAGGCAUGUUUGUGGAAGAGUCUGUGCGAAUAAAAUACUGGUGCGUUUUGUUUCACUCCCAUAUACAAAAGAAAUUCAGAAUCCUUUAGUUCCAAGACUGAUGGUUCUAAGGUGAUUAGGGGUUUUCCUUCUCUGAACUUUUCUGUCAUGUAUUUCUUUCACGUGAUAGAAAAGCAGUCCGUUUCCAUCAAUAGCUGAGUUUCUGUUUUUGUUUUAAUUCUUACUUGGGAGCUACUUACAAGGCCAUAUACACUUCUAUAACAAAAGAUGAAACCUGCAGACUGUCCAUUUUUGUA